AUGCCGGUGCCGUCGGUUUGGUCGUGCGGGCUCCUGUCUGUUGCUGCUCCAGCUCGUGGACGGCUCCAGUUCCGUUUGCAGGCCCAGCUCAGCUUUGGUUCCUGUUCCAGCUCGUGGACGGCUCCGGCUCAUUUCCAUGCCCGCUUGCGGAUGGUUCCAGCUCGAGUUUGGCUGCAGCUCCGCUCCUCGCCACUUCCAGUUGGUCUGCGGCUCCAGCUCGUGCUUGUUAAAACGAUCUUGGCUUUUGGCAAGGUCCCGGGACCCGGGGCAGACGGGGACCCGGCGGGGCUGGGGGUCUCCCGGGCGGCCGCUGACCCCUCCUGCCGCCGGGCUCCCUCCUCCCGGCACAGGCGCCGGCUGGUUUUUUCUCCCCAGCUCUUGCCCGGAGCGGCUGCCGGCAGGACAGACCCCUCCGGCCUGGCGCUGGCUCUGCCGGAGCCGGGGAGAGCUCGGACCGCUCAAAGCGUGCUGUGGCGGGAGCAGAGGCCGCUGCAGGGACCCACGCCGGCUCCUGCAGCCCCGUGGGCGAGACGGUGGAGCCGGCCUGGCCGGGCACGGGCAGCGACGGCCAUCCCGGUGCCAGGUGGCUGUGCCGACGCGUGGGGAAGGCUCAUCCCGGUGCCCGGGCGAGGAGCACAGCCCCGAGGCGGUGAGCGCCGGGGGACACCGGCGGCGAGGACGUGCCCGGUGAGGGACGGACGGACGGAUGGACGGAGGACCCCAGCCACGCCGGGAGCUGCGGAGCCCCCAGGAAGAAGCCGGGCUGCCUGCGCCCAGGCCGACGCUGCCGCCUGCCCCGCUCCUGGCUGGGGACAGCCCUGCCUCGCCCGGCCGGUGACGCCGCGGCUCCAGCUCAGUUGUUUGGGCCCCCGUUUGUUUUGGGUCCCGUUCCAAUUGCCGGUGCCGUCGGUUUGGUCGUGCGGGCUCCUGUCUGUUGCUGCUCCAGCUCGUGGACGGCUCCAGUUCCGUUUGCAGGCCCAGCUCAGCUUUGGUUCCUGUUCCAGCUCGUGGACGGCUCCGGCUCAUUUCCAUGCCCGCUUGCGGAUGGUUCCAGCUCGAGUUUGGCUGCAGCUCCCGCUCCUCGCCACUUCCAGUUGGUCUGCGGCUCCAGCUCGUGCUUGUUAAAACGAUCUUGGCUUUUGGCAAGGUCGUAAAUCAAUCACUGUCAUAACUUGCAUAUGAAUAUUAAAUGUCAUAA